GCCAGCCCCGACGGCGCUGACUCAGCAACGCGUGGGGGGAGUUUUGUCCCUCCGCGGACCCCGUUUCCCUCGCCCUCAGCCCUCCGCCACCACCGAGCCGGUUUCCUCUUUCCGGCGCCCUGGGUGCGAGAGGCUGGUGCAGCCGCUUGGGUUAGCGAGUCGCUCUGCUGUCCGGCUCUUGUCUGAGGACCCCGAAACUACCGUUCCCCGGCCAGGCAGCGUGGGCGCCAUGAACGAAGCAGGACUGAAUUCGGAGAAGGUAGCUGCUCUGCUUCAGAAACUGAAUUCCGACCCUCAGUUCGUACUGGCCCAGAAUGUCGGCACCACUCACGAUCUGCUAGACAUCUGCCUGAAGAGGGCCACGGUCCAGGGUACUCAGCAUGUGUUCCAGCACACGGUGCAUCAGGAGGGCAAGCCAGUCACCAACCAGAAGAGCUCAGGACGAUGCUGGAUCUUCUCCUGUCUGAAUGUUAUGAGACUUCCAUUCAUGAGAAAAUUAAAUAUUGAAGAAUUUGAGUUUAGUCAGUCUUACCUCUUUUUCUGGGACAAGGUUGAACGCUGUUAUUUCUUCUUAAAUGCUUUUGUGGAUACAGCCCAGAAAAAGGAGCCUGAGGAUGGUAGGCUGGUGCAGUUUUUGCUUAUGAAUCCUGCAAAUGAUGGUGGACAAUGGGAUAUGCUUGUCAAUAUUGUUGAAAAAUAUGGUGUCGUCCCUAAGAAGUGCUUCCCUGAAUCUCAUACGACAGAGGCAACCAGAAGAAUGAAUGAUAUUCUGAAUCACAAGAUGAGAGAAUUCUGUAUACGACUGCGGAACCUGGUACACAGUGGUGCAACCAAAGUCGAAAUCUCAGCCACACAGGACAUCAUGAUGGAGGAGAUAUUCAGAGUGGUGUGCAUCUGUCUGGGUAAUCCACCAGAGACAUUCACCUGGGAAUAUCGAGACAAAGACAAAAACUAUCAGAAGAUUGGCCCCAUAACACCCUUGAAGUUUUACAGGGAUCAUGUCAAGCCACUCUUCAACAUGGAAGAUAAGAUUUGUAUUGUGAAUGACCCCCGUCCCCAGCACAAGUUCAACAGACUUUACACAGUGGACUACUUAAGCAAUAUGGUUGGAGGGAGAAAAACUCUCUAUAACAACCAGCCCAUCGACUUCUUGAAAAAGAUGGUUGCUGCUUCCAUCAAAGAUGGCGAGGCGGUAUGGUUUGGCUGUGAUGUUGGAAAACACUUCAAUGGCAAGCUGGGCCUCAGUGACAUGAACGUCUAUGACCAUGAGUUAGUGUUUGGUGUCUCCAUGAAGAACAUGAAUAAAGCCGAGAGGCUGACUUUUGGCGAAUCUCUUAUGACUCACGCCAUGGCCUUCACUGCUGUCUCAGAGAAGGAUGAUCAGGACGGUGCUUUCACGAAGUGGAGAGUGGAAAAUUCGUGGGGUGAAGACCAUGGCCACAAAGGUUACCUGUGCAUGACAGAUGAGUGGUUCUCUGAAUAUGUCUACGAAGUGGUGGUGGACAAGAAGCAUGUCCCCGAAGAGGUGCUAGCUGUACUAGAGCAGGAACCCAUUGUCCUGCCAGCCUGGGACCCCAUGGGUGCUUUGGCCGAGUGAUAUUGCCUCCAGCUUUUCCGCCUCCUGUGGGACCUGAAGUAGCUACAAAGGACAGAUCCAGGGACUGAAGCCAAAGUUACACAGGUGACUGUGUGUUCCCACAGGACACAGUCAGACUCUUGGAUUUCUCCUCCAGGAACCUCUUUGGGGAAGUGUGCUUUAUGCGGAAGCAAAAUACUCUUUAAGAAAAAAAGGGAAAGAUCAGGUCAUACCGUCUACUCUCCUCAUCUCCAACAGCUCAGGAUCUCUUAGCGUUUUAAUCAGAUGGCAUUGUUUGUCUUAACUCUGUCUGAAAGGUUUGGUUCAGUGUCUGUUUUCAUAAGGCGGGAGAGGAUGAGCAAUUGAGGUGUGUGGAGAGAAAAUGGACCUAGUGUUCCUUGUUCCUAGAGUAGAAUAGGGGGAGGGUGCCCUAAUCUUGAGCUCUCGAAACUGCAUGCUGCCUGACAGUAGCACUGUCCCUCCUAGAUGGCAGUCUCUGAGGUCAGUGUUUUCAAGGUAAUUUUUUGCGCCUCUUGAUAGCCCAGGAAUGGGAGGUUGAUCGAAACUGACAUGAUUCCUUCCUGUUGUUCUGAACUGUGGGGAACACAGCUUUACUCGAUGCAGGGUUAGGGAGAGGCUUAGAGAAAGUGGGUGAGAGACCAACCAAAACCUUAUCAUGAUCUGCAUCAUAAUCAUUAGGGGGAGCUCUCACCAAACAGUUUAACUUCUCCCUCUGGAAUUGGGAGUUGGGUGGGCAUGAAAAGGAGAUAUCCGUUCUUUCUGACAACUAGAUGGUGCUGAGAAGCUUUUGAAUAAAACACUUUGCUAAAUGAGA